AUGGCUGAUAAAGUGAUUGAUGAAGUAAAUUCAUGGGUUGAAAAUGAAACCAAGGGACUCAUCAAGGACCUCUUUCGUCCUGGAUCUACAAAUGGUGACACUGCACUCCUCUUUGCAAAUGCCCUCUACUUCAAAGGAAAAUGGGAUCGAAAAUUCGAUAAAAAACUAACAAGAAACAUGAAAUUUCAUCUUCUCAAUGGAAAGACUGUUCGCGUUCCCUUAAUGACAAGAGAAAAAUUUAAACACCAUCAUCUAUAUGGAUCAUUCGAUGGAUACAAAAUCCUCAGUAUUCCUUACCAAAGUAGUCAAUUCUAUAUGUACUUUUUUCUUCCAGAUGAUACAAAUGGCUUGCCUACACUAGUAAAGAGACUCAAUUCCAACCCUGGAUUCAUGAAUCAAGAAUUUAAGUUGUGGGAAGAGGAAGUUCUUGAAUUAUGGAUCCCAAGAUUCAAAUUCUCAUUCGAGUUUGAAGCUUCAGAGACAAUUAAGGAAAUGGGGUUGGAACUACCUUUCAUGGAUGUUGGUAAAUUGACUGAGAUGGUGGUAGACGGGGGCGAAGGCGAUGAACUUGGUGGUGGUCUUUAUCUAUCCAAAGUUUUUCAUAAGUCAUGUAUUGAAGUGAAUGAGGAAGGCACAGAAGCAGGUAAAAGGAUUCCAACUCCAAGGUUUGUAGCAGAUCACCCUUUCAUGUUCAUGAUAAGGGAUGACACUUUUGGAACUGUGUUGUUCACUGGUGCAGUGCUCAAUCCACUCUUGGCUGCAGAGGGACUCACAGUUGAGGGAAUAUUGGAGAACUGGUCAAAGAUAAAACCUGUUAUUCUGGAAGCAUGGGCUGAGAAUAGGGAUGCUUUAAUAGAACUUAUUGGAAGGGUGAGGGAUGAAUGGAUGGACAACGACUUAGCUACUUGGAUUGGUGCAAAUAGGUAA